CAUUGCAGGUGUUUUAUGGGUAAUCUUCCAAAAUGGCGGCUGCGGGGAAAGUGUCGGCAAUAAUUUUCGACUUAGACAACACGCUAAUUGAUACAAGAAAUGCCGAUUUUUUUGCUUUUAAACAGGUUAAAGCAGUCCUGCGUUCCCAGUUUGCCGAAGUUGACGCCGAUGAUGUGGUUGCUGCUUUCCGCAAGUACCUGGCAGAGGCUGAGAAGGACCCCAACGAGGUGAUCCCAGUGGACGAGUGGCGCACUGAGCUUUGGCAGCGAGCCCUGAAUAGCCACCACCCAAAGGACGCCGCCGUGCUCCUCUAUCGCACCUGGAUGAGUGGCCGGCUGGACCACAUGACCUUCAGCGAGGAGGUCAAGGGGCUCCUGCGCCGGCUGCGCCAGCGCUACAAGCUCCUUCUGAUGACCAAUGGGCCCUCGGCCAUCCAGCGGCUCAAGAUGGCCCGCUGUGGUGCCGACGAGUACUUCAACGGCAUCAUCGUCAGCGGAGAGCAACCCCACCCCAAACCAGACGUCUCCAUCUUCCGCACAGCCUUCGAGAUGCUGGAUGUACCGGCUGAGCAUUGCAUCAUGGUGGGCGAUUGUCUGAGCACCGACAUCCAAGGAGGGUUGGAUGCCGGCUGCCUGGCCACCGUCUGGAUCGACCCCAAAGAGCAGAAUAAGGAGAUUUUCUUCCCCAGCCCCAACUACAGUAUUGCCUCCGUCAUGGAAAUCGACAAGGUUCUAGAUGACAUCAACACUUCUGUUGCUGCAGGUACAUCUCAGUAAAAAGUUUAACUAUGCAUACAGAGUACACGUACGUAUGGGACAGGGUUGUACCACAAUUUUGGCUUCACUGUUUACAAGUAUUUAAAAAAAGGAAAUAACCUUUAGGGGGAGCUAAAUUGGCGAGUCAUGAUUCAUGCAUGGUUAACAAAUCUAAACAGAAAAAGUACAAGAAUUUGAAGUAGUAAAAUACCAACUAUGAAAUCAUGUUAUUGAAAUGUUCAUCACCAGCUUACAUGUAUGAAGCACCUUGCAUGUGAUUUGAGAUGCACAUUCAGUUUACCAGUUGACCAAAAAUUUGGAGGCUUUGGUUCAUUGUUAAAACCAAACUUGAUUAUUGUAUUUUAAACAAAAGGAAUUAGUGCAAAUUGUUAAAGCUUCAGACCCACCUGUAGGAUGUAAUUAGAAGUGAUGUAUUUCAAUGAGAAUCGUGCAGUCUGGCUUUGGAUAUAGUGGAUUUUCAAGAGUUUAGCUUGUUUUUCUUUCUUUUUUCCCUUCCAAAGUUGUUUCCUGCCAAAACUUGAGAAAAAGGUUCCAUUUCAUAAGCCAGGCUUACUUUGACAGAUAUUUACAUAUUAAAGAAAGUGUGUGAGUUUGUGCAAUGUGCUUGCAGUGCAAAUAAACAAAUUGUGUAAAAUCAUUUGUACUGCCACAGAGAAUUAAAGAAGACAACAAGGGUGAUGACUGAAA